GCAACCGGUUUGUAGUACACGUGAUCCAAUCAUUUGUGUACGUGUUAAUGAUAGAAAUUUUGGCAUGAGGGAUGGUUUCUUGUCUUGCUGUCUACGUACUGCAUGCGAACUGCAACAUUAUAUAUGGGAAUCAGUGCAAACAAAAAUAACGAUAAACCGAUGCCUAAAGCCAAAAGUGAGAUUGAGGCCGAAGAUGGUGAACAUGAUCAUCUGAUGCAACUGGAAGAUUCCUCACCCUUCCCUGUGUUUUCUAUUGAAAUCUUUGCUAACAUUGUUUCUCAUGAACCAACCAUUAUGCAACAGCUUUUGGUGCCACAGGGCCAGUUGAUGCAGUCCAGAACUUCCUGGUCAGCUAUAUCUAGCAAGCUUUCGCAGAUGCAUGUACCCUUUAGCCUUCUUGCAACGGUAACGCAAAAGAUCAUAGAAUGUGCACGGUCGGCAGCGAACGAGGUACAUAACAAGAACCGCAAGAACAUACCUUUUGUUGUGACUCUUUGUCCUGUAAAACUAAUGGAAGAGGAAGCACUACUUUCUGAGCACGAGGCUUCUGCAGAAUCCUUCGAUGUGCAUUCAUUUUUACCAAGAAUUAUUGAUAUAGAAUUCCUUUUUACAAAGAACUGUUAUCCAUAAAAAUAGCUUACACACAAACUAAUUCUUUAAACAAUAGAAUUCUAAUAUGACCCUAAUUGGGAUUUGAAUUGA